AUGGAUAAUUCCUUGCCUAUUGUACCCCCAAAGAAAGGAGGUGAGAGCAAAAUUGAAGACUUGCCUCCCUUAAUUUUUGGUGGAGCAGUCCUCAACACCAUAUAUACUGACGAUCCCUUCAAAAUGCCGAUUACAGAAAUGAUUGAUAAGGCAUUUGAAAAUGGAAUUAUAGCUCUCGAUACAUCUCCCUACUACGGCCUGUCAGAGGAGAUUUUUGGAAAAGCAUUGAAUGCUCUUAAAGAUAAAUGGAAUAGAGAGUCAUAUUUCCUCUGCACCAAGGUAGGACGGCAUCCUGAUGGGUUCAGGUACUCGAGAGAAGGCAUCAGGAAAUCUGUUAUGAAUUCCAUUGAAAAAUUAAAUACACUGUAUCUUGACUUGGUGUACUGUCACGAUAUAGAGUUUGUCAAAGAUGAGGAGAUUUUUGAAGCUUUGAGAGAAUUAAAACUCUUGAAGGACGAAAAUGUAGUCAAAAAUAUUGGUAUCUCCGGUUAUCCAGUGAAUUUUUUGUAUAAGAUAGCUCUAGGAGCAUCUAAGGAUAAUACAAUUGGGCCAUUGGAUGCUGUAUUAUCAUACGCCAACGGGUGUCUCCAAAAUACAAUUUUGUUUGACGAAUAUCAAAAAUUCUUCGAUAUCGGUGUCAAAAAGAUGUUGAACGGAUCAAUCUUGAGCAUGUCGUUACUUAGAUCUCAGAAGACCCAUGAUUUUCAUCCUGCUCCUGCUGCACUAAAGGCUGCUGUUCAAAAAGUUGCUUCUCACUUGAAGAGUGAAUAUUCCGGUUUGGAACUUGCGGAUUUAUCUACACGAUUUGCUUAUAGAAACUGGCUUUUCGAGGACAAAAAUCAUGGAAAAGAGCUCGAGUGGAAGAGAGAUUGCUCCCUUGUCCUCGGAGUAUCCACUAUUCAAGAGUUGCAAGAUGCAAUUCAAAAUUAUUGGACAGUGAAGCAGAAUUUAAACGGUGUUCUCGAAAAGGAUGCAAGUAUAGUAGAAGAGGCCAGAAAAAUGCUUGGUCCAGAACAUUUGGACGAAACAUGGCCUAGUGGCUUUCAUUAA